CUGGAAAAUACCUCAGCAUGAGAAGUGACAACCAAAGCAUUUGGGGGGAUCCCCCUAAGGACUUCAUCCUUCUGGGUGUUUCUGACAGGCCAUGGCUGGAACUCCCUCUCUUUGUGGUCCUCCUAGUGUCCUAUGUGCUGGCCAUGUGGGGGAACGUUUCCAUCAUCUUGGUGUCCCGCCUGGAUCCCCAGCUCCACAGCCCCAUGUACAUCUUCCUUAGCCACCUCUCCUUCCUGGACCUCUGCUAUACCACCACCACUGUUCCUCAGAUGCUGGUCAACAUGGGCAGCUCCAGCAAGACCAUCAGCUACAACGGAUGCACAGUACAGUAUGCGAUUUUCCACUGGUUGGGAUGCACCGAGUGCAUCGUUUUGGCGGCCAUGGCCCUGGACCGCUACGUGGCCAUUUGCGAGCCCCUCCGAUAUACCAUUAUCAUGCACCGCCCUCUCUGCCAGCAGCUCGUGGCUGUGGCCUGGCUCAGUGGCUUUGGCAACUCCCUCGUUCAAGUGGUCCUGACAGUGCAGUUGCCUUUCUGUGGGCGACAGGUGCUAAACAACUUCUUCUGUGAAGUGCCAGCCAUGAUCAAGCUAUCAUGUACUGACACAGCUGUGAAUGGCACCACGCUGGCGGUGCUGGUGGCCUUCUUUGUGCUGGUCCCCCUGGCUCUCAUCCUUCUCUCCUAUGGCUUCAUUGCCCGUGCAGUGCUCAGAAUCCAGUCCUCCAAGGGUCGGCACAAAGCCUUUGGGACCUGUUCUUCCCACCUGGUGGUGGUCUCCCUCUUCUACCUACCUGCCAUCUACAUGUACCUGCAACCUCCUUCCCGCUACUCCCAAGAGCAGGGCAAAUUUAUCUCCCUCUUCUAUUCCAUAAUCACCCCCACCCUCAAUCCCUUCAUCUAUACCCUGAGGAACAAGGAUGUGAAGGGUGCUCUGAGAAGACUUCUGGCAAGGAUCUGGAGGUUCUGCAUAAGGUAAAGACCUGAGACGUGGUAGUUUCCAUUGGUUAGAGAAAACGAGGCAGGUGUAUUGUGUGCUCAGAGCAC